CGUACUCUCCCUGUUACACGAGCAUUCGUUCCCGCAAGUACCGUCCACGAAGAGAAAUGCCAGGAGGUGGUGGAGUAGUACUAGGAGGCCUAUAAAAUAGGCUCUCUUUCCCAUCUGGAGCCUUUAGUGCUUCAUCGACAUCCAUGGAGGAGAGAGAAUGCGUAAUAAACAACAGUCUAUGUGCAGCUUCCGGUUUCGUGAUUUAGCAUGAAAGAAAUCAGGUUUAUUGAUAUGGGAAGUCACCCAGUAGCGGUGGUACUACGAGGCUAUUUGGGAUCAAACCCGAAGGGUUAUGCGACCCGAUUCCGAAACAUCGUUUCAAACCUGUGGAGAAAGUCCAGGAUAAGCCGUGAGGGCGGGUGGGCCUCAGCAGCUCAUGACGCAGACUUCGAAUAAAUUCUGCUAGAGUUCAAAAAGAUGCGCGUCGAGUAGAUUUGUUAGUAGUGUUUCCCC